AUGCCGUACACCGGAACAUGGGCACCCGCAAACCUAACGCUGAACAAAUUGGAGGACAAACAACUGGAACGGACGAUCGUAGUUGACAAUCGAGUGUCGAAGCAAAUGUACGAAAUGCGCGUUCCCGCCCGCUACCGGAGGUCCCCGGAGAACGAUCCACAUGUGGAUGUACCAAAUCGAACAGCUGGAGUUCUGCUUGAACAAUCAACCCGCCUACACAUCCUGCCACAUGGAAAAUUAUCUGAUGAACCGUGGCAAGAAGGACGACAAUCGUUACCAGCUGCGCAAUUUCUCCUAUCCCAUGCGGACGAUACGCUUCGUUACUUUGCCACGAUGACUCAAAGGAGAUCAACAUGGCGAUCCGAUGAGUCAAGCUGCACUGGUUGCAGAUUGCGUACCCCAGCGCAUCCGAAAGCGAUCUGAUCGAUUACCUAACGCACGAUUCCGCCCGGGAGGGCUGGCACCUCAAGACGGGACCCCAACGGCCGACAACUACAAUCUGGACGACCGGAAUUUCAUGUACCCGCUGGAUACCAACCCGACGACCCGCUGGAUGCCAAACCAUAGGGGGGAGAUUUUCCUCGGCAACCACCUGGAUGGGUAAAGCGUGCGGAUAUGGGCACCGUUUGGGGCGAAGGUC